GGAAAAGAAAUUAGCUUCCAUCUCACCGACCAUUUCAUUGCAAAACGCGUGAGUAGAUCAGAUUAUAGCCCAGAUCUGCAGAGCUCAAAUGCAAACAUGCACAGCAAGCUACAGCUCUGAUUAAAAUCAUUGCAUGAAGUUAAUGAAGGAAGUGCUAAAUAAAUAGAAGCAGUUUUAAUACCUCCUGUGAUGCCAGUGAGGAGGGUGGAAUGAUACCAACACUGCAGCCGGUCAAUUAAACAUUGAGAUGAAAGAGAGCUGGGAGCUGGAAUGUGCCUACCACGCUACUCAGAGAUUUAAGGUGAUUUUGCAAACAGCAAAGCAAAAACAGUUUCGUCAUUUUGGGAAGUUCAAUGCGCUUCAGAUUUGGGCUGCUUUAUGAUUAUGACCUCAUGUGUGCGGUGUCUCAGACCCCCCCAAGGCAUUGGGGAGAGCUGUAUAAAAGGAGCACUGUGCAGCCCAGUUCCAACUCGUCCUGCAGAGUCUCCUCCACAUCAGGAUCAUCUCUCUGCUGAACCAUGUCCUGCUACGACCUGUGCCCCACCACCAACAGCAUCGCCUGCCCGCAGCCCAUCGCCAACAGCUGCAAUGAGCCUUGUGUCCGCCAGUGCCCCGACUCAACAGCCCUAAUCCAGCCACCACCCGUCGUUGUCACCUUCCCCGGCCCCAUCCUCAGCUCCUUCCCCCAGCAAGCCGUAGUGGGCUCCUCUGGAGCACCCGCCCUUGGGGGCUCCGCAGGGCUGGGGGGCCUCUAUGGCUCCAGGAGCUCUUAUGGCAUUGGAAGCUCCUUGGGAUAUGGAGCACAGUACGGCUAUGGGAGCUCAGCCCUCUCCACAUUUGGCAGUGGAUUCUGCAGCCCCUUCUCCUCUCGUCGCUACAGCCGGAUCCUGAGGGGCAGCUGUGGGCCCUGCUAAGGGCAGAAGGGCAGGGGAAUCUCACAUGAAGGCCCAAGCAGAGCAAUGAGAACAGGGCUUGAUGCACCAGCAGCCCAAUUUCCACUGAGCAUUUCUGGUCUUUCACCUGCUUUCGGUUUUCCCUUCAGUUUCUGGGUCUGUGUUCACUGUUGUCACCUGUUCCAGCUGUCCCAGUUUUGUGGAGCAACAACACAUGACAUGUAAGCAUCGUUCCUAAUGGCAUCUUCACCAGGAGCUGCACAGCUGCUGAGAACAAAACCAACUGAGGACAGCAAUCUCUCAUCUCCAUGCAGGACAUUUGUUGAACCUUCUCUGGAACUGUCUGGAAAAUAGUUAUGGUUUUUUUUUCACAUUCUGUGAUAUCUUGCUUUGCAAACAAAGGCAUUUCUUUCUCAUUAAAGUUUUGUUGCAUCACACAGCAGCCUCCUGGUUUCCCUUCCCCAGCGCCCUCCCGCAGGCAAACCCAAGCUGGUUAACAGAGAGCUGCUCCUAUAAACACUAUAGCACA